UUGUGAAUGUACUUCGAAUCAUUUGCUUUAAGCGAAUUUGAAAUAUGUGUCGCGUCGCAUUUGGAAGGAAACAGUUUAGGCGCAGCGGAGUAAUCAACGAAUCACUGAUUCAGUGAUGGUGCAAGACAGUUGGAGAAGAGAAGGUGUGGAAACUGUGCAGAUUCCAAAAGUGAAUUUGUCGCAACAUCUUGAGGCACAUGAACAUUUCAUAAACCAAAAGAAGUUUCUAAGUUCCAAUUUCCUUUUCUCUUUACAAACUCAAAAGCCUCCAAUCGCAGACCAAGACCCAAUGGCUACAAGUUUUGCAGCCUGUCAAAGUCAGAGUAUUCAACGAUCACAACUUGAAAAGGCUUGGCAUGUUCUUUCCAGCAUGCAGAUUUCUUGCAGGAGUUAUGUUAAACCUGGGAAAACCAUACACGUAAAGAAUUUGAACACUGAAAACUCUCCGGAUGUUUGUAAAACUACCUUGCAAUGUUCAAAUGACAUUGAUAGAGGUUCUGGACGUAACCAAACACACCAAUAUUUUGGUUCAGCGAAUGCCAGUGUUAGUGAAUCUACAAGUCACACAAGCCGUUAUUUCCCAUCAAGUAAUGCUAAAUGUGCAGAAGCAGGAAAAAGUGUUGGAGGGCAGAGUCAGAUCAGAGCAUCAAUGGUCUACAAUUCUCAUCAUCAAGUUUUAGCUGGAUCUGUCAGCAAUUAUAAUGUUCAUACCAGCCAAAUAAAACAAUCUGGAACAGGUUUGGUCAGUGACAUGGAUGACGACGAGAUACUUGAGAAUAUUGAUGUGGACCAAAUAGUGGAACAAUAUCAAUCAACCUGCACACCUCAGCCAUCAAUGUCAAAGCUUCCUCCCAUUACUCCAUCUAUAGAUAAGAGUAAUUUUAUGGGACACGAGUCUUGUUUGCCACCAGAAUUGUGCUCAAUUUGCAGUCAUGGUUUUAAGCUAGGGACUUGCCCAGAAGCUGCAUGUCAUUUGCAGGAAAUGAAAGAUAUGCUUAUAACCAUAUCAAAUGAACUCAUUGAUAAUUUUAAUGACCUAAGUCCGGCACACAUGGAGAAGCUUCGCCAGAACAGGUUGGAGCUAAAUAAACAAAUUCAGCAGCUUGAGAGAUAUCUUCGCCCCAAUUCUGUAGUUGAAGAAAGACAAAAAUCACAUUUUUCUACAUCGACUACUCCCAGAUCAUUCCAGUAUGAAGCACCUCAAGCAGGAUCCUCCUGGACUGAACCCUCGAGAUUUAAUGCCCAGGUUCAUCUACGUAAUGAGCCGGGACUGUAUGAGAGUCAUAAUCCAUCAUCAAUUUCAUUCUCUUCCAUAGAUAGGGAACCAUACAUUCCAAAGUUUUCUGAAGUUAGCUAUAUUGAAGGUUCUAAUGACAAAAAGUGGAGUAGUGGGAAUUUCUCGUGGACAAAGAAAUUGGAGGCCAAUAACAAGAAAGUGUUUGGAAAUCACUCCUUCCGCCCCAACCAAAGGGAGGUAAUUAAUGCUACAAUGAGUGGCUAUGAUGUUUUUGUUCUAAUGCCGACUGGAGGGGGUAAAAGCUUGACAUAUCAGCUCCCCGCUCUUAUAUGUCCAGGGAUAACAUUGGUAGUUUGUCCACUGGUCUCACUCAUUCAAGAUCAAAUAAUGCAUUUAUUACAGGCAAAUAUACCUGCUGCAUACUUGAGUGCCAACAUGGAAUGGACAGAACAACAAGAGAUCUUUAGAGAACUUGCUUCUGAUUAUUGUAAAUACAAGCUGUUAUAUGUCACGCCUGAGAAAGUUGCCAAAAGUGACGUUCUUGUGCGCCACCUUGGGAGUUUACAUUCUCGUGAAUUGCUUGCUAGGAUUGUUAUCGAUGAAGCUCAUUGUGUGAGUCAGUGGGGGCAUGAUUUUAGACCAGAUUAUCAGGGUCUUGGUAUCUUGAAACAAAAGUUCCCAAAUACACCAGUGUUAGCUUUAACUGCUACUGCAACAGCCAGUGUAAAGGAAGAUGUUGUGCAAGCUCUUGGUCUUGUCAACUGCAUUGUUUUCCGGCAAAGUUUUAACCGUUCAAACUUGUGGUAUUCUGUCAUUCCAAAGACUAAGAAGUGUUUGGAUGACAUCGACAAGUUCAUCAAAGAAAACCAUUAUGAUGAAUGUGGAAUCAUUUAUUGUCUUUCCAGAAUGGACUGUGAAAAAGCUGCUGAAAAAUUGCAGGAAUGUGGGCAUAAAGCUGCAUUUUACCAUGGUACUAUGGAACUCUCUCAACGUGCCUUUGUACAAAAUCAAUGGAGCAAAGACGAAAUAAACAUAAUUUGUGCUACAGUGGCAUUUGGAAUGGGUAUCAAUAAACCAGAUGUUCGCUUUGUAAUUCACCAUUCUCUCCCAAAAUCUAUUGAAGGAUAUCAUCAGGAGUGUGGUCGAGCUGGUAGAGAUGGUCAGCGUUCAUCUUGUGUGUUGUAUUACAGUUACAGUGACUUUAUACGAGUCAAACAUAUGAUUAGCCAAGGUGUCAUAGAGCAAAGUCCUUUCACAUCUCGGAAAAAUGGUGUUAAUGCAAUGAACUCGGGAGGAAUACUAGAAACUAAUACUGAAAAUCUUUUAAGAAUGGUCAGUUACUGUGAAAAUGAUGUUGAUUGUCGACGUCUUCUACAACUUAUCCAUUUUGGGGAGAAGUUUGAUUCUGCAGCCUGCAAAAAAACUUGUGAUAAUUGUUUGAAAGUCAAAAGCUUUGUUGACAAGGAUGUCACUGAGAUGGCAAAGCAUUUGGUUGAACUAGUGAAGUUAACAGGGGGGCAGCAUUCAUCAUCUCAUAUUUUGGAAGUCUACAGGGGCUCCUUGAGCCAAAUUGUCAAGAAACAUAAACAUGAAAUUAUAAGACUCCAUGGGGCUGGAAAACAUCUAGCCAAGGGAGAAGCUUCCCGUAUUUUGCGUUAUCUUGUUACUGAGGAUAUUCUUGUGGAGGAAGUAAGGAAAAGUGAUGUUUAUGGAUCUGUAUCCUCAGUACUAAAGGUGAACCAGUCCAAAGCAUAUGAUCUCUGCUCUGGUAGGAGGACAAUUGUAUUAAGGUUCCCUUCUUCUGUAAAAGUUCUUAAAAAGAGUAUAGUUGACAUUACUCCAGCCAAGGGCUCAUUGCUCCACGAGAAUCUGAGUCCUAACAUUUCUGCUCAACCUCAGUCUGAAGUAGACGUGAAUCUCUCAGCUAAACUAUUUCCAGCUUUGCGGAAGCUUCGAGGUGCUCUUGUUAAAGAAGCUGGAGAGGGGGUCAUGGCGUACCACAUUUUUGUGGAUAAUACUCUUAAGCAGAUGUGCAAAAAGCUUCCCAGGACAAAAGAAGAACUGCUUGAGAUACAUGGAAUUGGCAAGGCUAAGGUAAUGAAGUAUGGAGAUCGAAUUCUCGAAACCAUUGAAUCUGUCAUAAAAGAGCACCACAGGAAAGACAAAAACAACAGCAGCAGCAAUGAGAGUACUGAUUCCAUAAAGAAGAGAAGGGGUGGAGAUCCGAGUCCGAAUUUAGAGGACUUUGAAUUUAACAGCACUGGUCGAUCGAAGAAAAUGGCAACAAAGAAGCAGAACAAAGUUGACGAGACAAGUGACUGCAUGGAACAAGACUUUUGCAGCCAGUACAUAGGCAAUGACCUAGGUUUUGAGAAAUAUGAUAUUGAAACUAAUGGCUCGGUGAAGACUAAUCAGAAUGGUGGACGACUCCUGCCGUUAUGGUCGACUCUGAAAAACAUAUGACAAUGAUGGUGGGCAGGAACAAUUAGGCAUGCCAACUUUUUGGGCGCUAAAUUUAUUUCUGAGGAAGAAAAUGCAACGACUAUCCAUUGCAAUCUAGACUUCUUGAUUCAAGCAAAUGUAAAAUGAAAAGCAAAAGAAAAAGAAAAUGCUCAUUUAUAACAAGUUUUGUUCCAUCAUUUGUUGGUACUCUAAUGUGGUAUGUAGUCAUGAAAUAAAUACGUUUGUUUCACAGGUUAUAGACUAUUGUUCGCACCUUUUUGUUGGUGUAACCUAAAUUGUUGCCUUGAAUGCUUCCUUGCAUGGGCUGCGUCUGUAGAUACAUGAUACGAUGGGCUAUAAUUUGGUUUUUGGUCGGGUAAGCAA